AUGCGUCACGUAGACAUGAGCAGCGAGCCGUUCACAGUCUCCGUUGCUGAUGACCGCCCCUCUCCUUUCCUCGGCGGUGAUAUAGGAGUGGGUGGACUCAGAGGGCCUUCCGCCGACCCUCCCUCCGCUCUGCCCCCGCGCAAGCUGCCUCGGCGCCCACCGGACCUCUCCUCCCGCCUCGCCGCCGUGCUGCAAAACAUCAACCCCCCCCGCCUUGCGCCCUUCCCUGGGCAACCCCUCCCCUUCUCGCCCAAGCCGGGCCUUCCUUCUCCUGCCACGCCCGCAGCUCCCACCUCGCCUGCAGCUCCCGCUGCCACUGCGUCUACCACUGCAGCUCAGUCGGCAGAUAACCGCGCAGCAAGCAGGGCGGCCCUCCCCGUUCCCCACGUUGCUGCAUUUGGCCCCGAGAGGCCCCUGCGAGUGGAUGUGUCGGGCAUGCUGCCGCAGUCCGUAUGUGGCGCGAGGGAGGGCAUGCUGAAGCAACAGCUCAUGGCUCUCGCUGAAGCCAUGGCCGUUGGUGACUCGGUGCGGUGGUGGGACUGCAUGCGCCAUGUUGUCCUGUCCAAACGCCCUGAUGUCGCUACACUGGCGAAUCAUCCCUUCCCUUCCACCAAACCCCUACCCCACCAGGUGCGCUGGCGGCACUUCAAGCACCAGGUGCGGUGGCGGCAGUUCAUGCGGCAGGUGCGGAGGGAGGCGGCAGCGGGGGGGGACACGCUGCAGCGCAUUGCCUUCCACGCGCUGGAGGCGCUGCAGGCGCGCAUGGAUGGCACCGCGCUCACUCGCUGGCAAGCCCCCUUGAAAGUCACCCUUCAGGUACAUCCUUUCCGCACUCCCCACCUUCCCCUCUCCCCAUCUUCCCCACCUCACCACCUUCCCCUCUCCCCAUCUUCUCCACCUCCCCACCUUCCCCACUCCCCCUCUCCCCCCUCCCCCACAUGUCAUGCCAUGUGGCCGAUGCAUGCCACGUGUCCACUGCAUGUCAUGUGCCCCAUGCACGCCGAUUUGAUGGCAGCGAUGGGCCACGGCAGCGAGCAUGGGAUGCCGACAUUCAUGCACCUCGCCAACAUUGCAGCCGUGCACGAAAUUCCUGCCUCAUUCCCUGCCUCUGCCCCGGCCUCUGCCGGCCACUCCGUGCGGCGGCGGCGGCUGCACAUCAUAGCCAUGGGAUUCUACGGCGGGCCGCACUGGGUCAACAUCUUCUUGCGCCUCGCUGCCCACUUUCCCCCCACCCCCCCCUCCCGUGCUGCUGCCACCAAUGGGGAUGCACCUGUGGCAAGCAGCAAUAGCUCCACCAGCAGCGGCAACAGGAGCGGCAGCAGUGCUAGCACGCACCCCACAACCCCCCCCACACCUCUUUUACACGCUACCCCCCCGCCCCGCCCCAUGGCCCACGUGAAAAUCACAGCCGUUGAUUUCGGGAUCGUCAAAGUGGAGGAAAAUCCGACGGGCCUGGUGCAUCUGGGGGGGCGGUACCUGGAGCAGGUUGCAUCAAUGCUCGGGCUCUCCAUGUCGUUCCACGGCAUAGGAACAAACCUGCACGACUUCCACCCAUCACAAGUGGAGGUGGAUGAGGGCGAGGAGGUAGUGGUCCUGGCCAAUUGGGGCCUCAUGGUCUUCCCAGACGACACAGUGCUUCGCUCCAACCCCCGCAACACGAUUCUCAAGUGGAUCCGCGACCUGCGCCCGCUGCUCCUCCUGCAGGUAGACAUUGAUCUCGACGCCAACGGCCCCUUCUUUCUCUCGCGCUUCCACGCCGCAUUCGCCAACUUCGCGGCGUGUGUCGAGUCGUUUGAUGCUUCCAUGCCACACUCCACCACGUCACGCUUCAUCGUGGAAAGCAUCCUGGCGCGGGACUUUAUAAAUGGAGUCGCAUGCGAGGGCAUGAACAGGUGGCUGCGGUCGGAGCGGCUCGAGAAAUGGGUGCAUCGGAUGAGAGCGGUGGGGCUGGAGCCGGUGCCGAUAGGGCCGGACACAGUGGCGGCUGGGAGGGAGGCCACGGAGGGGAGGGACAAGAGGUUCCGGCUGGAAGUGCAUGGCGAUUGCAAAUCUGCAGUGUGGACACACAUCGGUAUGCGGAUCGAUGUGCCUAAACCGCGGUCCUCCCCCGCCCAGCGCCCCUCGCCCUCCUUCGGGGGUGAUAUAGGAGUGGGCGGGCUCAGGGGGCCUUCCGCCGUCCCUCCCUCCGCUCCGCCCCGGUGCAAGCUGCCUCGGCGCCACCCGGACCUCUCCUCCCGCCUCGCCGCCGUGCUGCAAAACAUCAACCCGCCGCGCCCUGCGCCCUCCCCCUGGCGAACCCCCUCCAGCUUGCCCAAUCCGGGCCUUCAUUCUGCUGCUACGCCCGCAGGCAUGCUGCCACGGCCCAUGUGUGGCGCGAAAGAGGGCAUGCUGAAGCAGCAGCUCUUGGCUCUUGCUGAAGCCAUGGCUGUUGAUGACUCGGUGCGGUGGCGGCAGUUCAUGCGGCAGGUGCGGAGGGAGGCGGCAGCGGGGGGGGACACGCUGCAGCGCAUCGCCUUCCACUCGCUGGAGGCGCUAGAGGCGCGCAUGGAUGGCACCGCACUCACUCGCUGGCGCUCCCCCUUGAACAUCACCCUUCAGGUACUUUCCCUCCUGUCUCCUCACCUUCCCCCAUCCCCACCUACCUCCCUCCCCUCUUCCCUCCCUCUCCCCCUUCGCCCCUCUCCUUUUUCCCCACAUCCCCACCUCCCCACCUCCCCUCCUCCCCCCUUUCCUCCCCCCUUUCCUCCCUCCCCACAUCACAACAUGUACUUAGUUUUUGUUUCUUUUGGCACGUCCCCUUUCCUGUCAGGCACUGAUUCGGUGGCAGUGUUGGGCCACGGCGGCGAGCAUGGAGUGCCGGCAUUCAUGCACCUCGCCAACAUUGCAGCCGUGCACGAAAUAGUCCGCGCAUUCACCCACCAAUCAUGCGCACACACACACCCAAAUAGUCCACACCCCCAUACUCCUCCCCUCCCCCUGGCGGCCUCUUUCCCUGCCUCUGCCUCUGUCGGCCACUCCGUGCGGCGGCGGCGGCUGCACAUCAUAGCCAUUGGACUUUACGCCGGGCCGCACUGGAUCGAGAUCUUCAUGCGCCUCGCUGCCCACUUCUCCUCAACUGGGGGAGCUGUUGAUUUUGGGUUCGUCAGUCUGGAGGAGUAUCCCACAGGCCUGGUGCAUCUGGGGGGGCAGUACCUGGAGCAGGUGGCAUCUAUGCUCGGCCUUUCCCUGUCGUUUCAAGGCAUGGAAACCACCCCACACGACUUCCACCCGUCGCAAGUGGAGGUGGAUGAAGGGGAGGAGGUGAUAGUGCUGGCCAAUUGGGGCCUCAUGGUCUUUCCAGACGACACAGUGCUUCGCUCCAAUCCCCGUAACGCAAUUCUCAAGUGGAUUCGCGACCUGCGCCCGCUGCUGCUCCUCCAGGUAGACGCUGAUCUAGAUGCCAACGGGCCCUUCUUCCUCGCGCGCUUCCACGCCGCGUUCGCCAACUUUGCGGCGCUCAUCGAGUCCUUUGAUGCCUCUAUGCCGCACGCCGCCACGCAGCGCUUCGUAGCAGAGUCCAUCCUCGCGCGGGACUUUAUAAACGAGGUGGCAUGCGAGGGCAUGAACAGAUGGCUGCGGGCGGAGCGGCUCGAGAUGUGGGUGCAUCGGAUGAAAGCAGUGGGGCUGGAACCCGUACCUUUAGGGCCGGACACAGUGGUGGCUGGGAGGGAGGCCACGGAGGGGAGGGACAAGAGAUGCUUCGGAGAGGCUGUUCACAGCGACAGCGCCAGCGACUUUUCAGGGCGCGACGGGCAGCUGGGAGCAAGCGCAGAGGGCGCAGCUGUUGUUGCCAGAGCAGGAGGAAGCGCAGAAUCAGCUCGCCCCUCGCCCUCCCUCGGCCGUGACAUAGGGGUGGGAGGGCUCAGGGGGCCUUCCGCCGAACCUCCCUCCGCUCCGCCCCCGUGCAAGCUGCCUCGGCGCCCACCGGACCUCUCCUCCCGUCUCGCCGCCGUGCUGCAAAACAUCAACCCGCCUCACUCUGCGCCCUCCCCGUGGCAACCCGUUCCCCACUCGACCGAGCCGGGCCUUCCUUCCCCUGCCACGCCCGCAGCUCCCGCUGUCACUGCGUCUACCACUGCAGCUCGGCCGUUCCCCAUGCCAGGAUCAUCCUCAGCAGUAGCUGCACCUGCAACAGCACCAUCAACAACAACAGCAGCAGCAGCAACAGCAGCAGCAGUGGCAGCAGCAGCAGUAGCGGUAGCAGUAGCUUCCGCGGUGUCUUGUAUAAAGGCGCCUGAGAGCAGUCUCGUGGUUGGAGGCAGUCGGGGAGACGCGAGUGGUUUCAUGGGCUCAACACUGCCCUCCUCUGCUGCUCGCACCAGCAACGCUGGUGCUUAUAGAUGUGCCCAGGGAGUGCGGCUAGCAUCCUUUUCGAGCAACAAUGCACUCAGGAGAAUUCGCCUCAGUGAGGCACGCAUUAACCCACGGAGCCUUGCCCCUGGGAGUGCAGCGCAGAGCGUAGCAAGCAGGGCGUCCCUCCCCGUUCCCCACGUUGCUCCAUUCGGCCCCGAGAGGCCCCUGCGAGUGGAUGUGUCAGGCAUGCUGCCACGGCCCAUGUGUGGCGCGAGGGAGGGCAUGCUGAAGCAGCAGCUCAUGGCUCUCGCUGAAGCCAUGGCCGUUGGUGACUCGGUGCGGUGGCGGCAGUUCAUGCGGCAGGUGCGGAGGGAGGCGGCAGCGGGGGGGGAUACAUUGCAGCGCAUCGCCUUCCAUGCCGUGGAGGCGCUGCAGGCGCGCAUGGAUGGCACCGCGCUCACCCGCUGGUGCACCCCCUUGAAUAUCACCCUUCAGUCGGUGCGGCGGCGGCGGCUGCACAUCAUAGCCAUUGGACUCUACUGCGGGCCGCACUGGAUCCAAAUUUUCAUGCGCCUUGCUGCCCACUUCUCCUCCCCGCCUCUCCUCCCGGCCGCCGCCACCACAGCCAAUGGGCAUCCACCAAGUGGCAUCCCAGGUGGGGGACCAGGGGCAGUACCGAAUGCAGCUGGUGGGGGCGUGAGCGGUGUUCAGGGCAGAACAGGGGCGUUUGGGGCAGGUAUACCUGGGGGAGGUGCGGCCGCAGAUGCACCUGUGACAGGCAGCAAGAGCUUUACCAGCAGCGGCAGCACAAGCGGCAGCAGUGGGAGCACGCACCCCACCACUCUUCCUACACCUCCCCCGCCCCGCUCCACAGCGCAUGUGAAAAUCACAGCCGUUGAUUUCGGGAUCAUCAAAGUGGAGGAGCAUCCAACGGGCCUGGUGCAUCUGGGGGGGCAGUAUCUGGAGAAAGUGGCAUCUAUGCUCGGCCUCUCCCUGUCGUUCCAUGGCAUAGAAACCAACCCACUUGACUUCCACCCGUCGCAAGUGGAGGUGGAUGAAGGGGAGGAGGUGGUAGUGCUGGCCAAUUGGGGCCUCAUGGUCUUUCCAGACGACUCUGUCCUUCGCUCCAAUCCCCGCAAUGCCAUCCUCAAGUGGAUCCGCGACCUGCGCCCUCUGCUCCUCCUCCAGGUCGACAUUGAUUUGGAUGCCAACGGCCCUUUCUUCCUCUCGCGCUUCCACGCCGCCUUUGCCAACUUUGCCGCGUUCAUCGAGUCCUUUGAUGCUUCCAUGCCGCACUCUGCCUCGUCACGCUUUGCAGCGGAAACCAUUCUGGCGCGGGAUUUGAUGAACGGGGUCGCAUGUGAGGGCAUGAACAGGUGGCUUCGGUCAGAGCGGCUCGAGAAAUGGGUGCAUCGGAUGAGAACAGUGGGGCUGGAACCCGUACCUUUAGGGCCGGACACAGUGGCGGCUGGGAGGGAGAUUACAGAGGGGAGAGACAAGAGGUUCCGGUUAGAAGUGCAUGGUGAGACGGGCGCCCUGCAGCUCAGCUGGCGCGGCGUCCCGAUGAUCUUCGUCGCCGCCUGGAGAUGA